UAGCCUGUCUAAGUAUGUUCGUCGUAAAGUAAUUACUUGUACUUAAUUUCAGAUUCAACCUGUAACAUAAUACCAAUGUCCCAAUGGUCUGGAGAAUCCCUAAAUAGACAUAAGCUUCUCCCUCAACCCGUUGAUCUGGUCAUCAUUUUACAUUCUGUGACGUCAUCGUGCACUGAAGAUAUGCAGUGCGAACAUCUGGUUAGAGAGAUACGGAAAGCACAUUUACAUGUCGGAUUUGAUGAUAUUGGCUAUUCGUUCUUAAUUGGUGGUAAUGGAAAAAUAUAUGAAGGUGCUGGAUGGAAUUUUGUCGGUGCUCAUACGAAGGGACACAAUGCUAAGGCUUUGGGUAUUGCUUUCAUAGGAGAUUACAGAACCAUUAAACCAACACCUGCAGCGCUGCAAGCACUGCAAGAUCUACUUUCCUGCAGCGUGGAAGAGAAACAUUUGAAAGAAGACUACAAGCUGGUAGGCCAUCGGCAGCUGAGAGCCACUGAAAGCCCAGGAGCUACUUUACAGGCGAUUAUAGAGAUGUGGCCUCAUUGGCUGGCUGAUGUUAAGUACUUAAAUUAAGUAGUUACGUAGCGAUGAGAGACAGUGUAGUUU